CAACCAUUUCAAAAUAAACACGCGAUAUUUAUUCAAAUACAUUGAAUAAUUAUAGAAAAUAUAAAAUAAAAUGUCAGAAGAUAAGUCUUCUAAAACUAAUGGAUUAGGGUCUGACCCAAUGCAGAGAUUGGCUUCUUUCAAACCACCUCGCGACCUCACUCUUGGUGGGAUAAAGACAAAUAAAAAAGUAUUCACACCUAAUUUGAACGUGUCUAGGAAUAAAAACAAAGGGCCAGCGAAACCACAGCCUAAUUUAAAAAGAGAUGAAAAAGAAAAACGAGAACGACGAAAUGACAGAAAUAAGAACAGAUACACUCCUAACAUUAUCAAGGCUAGCGGAGUAUUCUCUGAAGGUCUGGGUGCCGCUGAGCGACAUGCAUCAUCCCGGAUGUCAUAUGGAAGCAGAGACUCAGACACUGUACAGACAUUGCAGAAGCCAACUAUAAGAGUCAAAGAUGUUAUCAAGAUUGAUAAAGAACUAGAAGAGCAAAAGAUCAAGUCAGUGUUUGGUGACAGCUACUUUGCUGAUGACAAUGAGUGCGAGGACUUUAAGAAGAUUAAUGAGAUCGACGCCCCCAUCAAACUGCCCAUGGAUGAUGGAGGCUGGUCCCAAGUUAAACCGUCCGUGAAGGUUAAACAGGAGGUGGUCGUGAAGCGCGAGCCCGAGGACGCCGACUGCGUGCGAGAGUCGAUAGUGGAGGAGAAACCGCGGGUCGAUGUAAAGGAAAGCUUCGAGAACACGGACGUCGUCAACUUGCUGCGGAACGAUCAGCCCACACUCAUACUGCUGCAGUUACCAGAUUCGUUGCCGGGUCGGGGUGGUAAGAUAGAUGACGACAUUCCUAAGCGGAAGAAUCUGAAUGAACAGCCAUCCACAUCUAAUGAUGAAGAAAAGGAAGAAAAACCUGUGGAGACCAAGUGUCGACUAGCGGAUUUAGAAGAGGGUCGUAUUGGGAAGCUGCUGGUGCACCGUUCAGGCCGCGUCAGCUUGAAACUUGGUGAAACCUUGUUUGAGGUAUGCAUGGGCACAAAGGCAGCGUUCCACCAGGAGGUGGUGUCAGUGGGCACGGACGACGAGUCCCGCUCGGCCAACCUCGUGUCACUCGGCGCGCUGCAACACAAGCUCAACCUCGUGCCCAACUGGGAAGCCAUGUUCCAUAACAUGUCCGUCUAAAUUGUAUAUAAUUGUUAAUAUAUCAUGUAUAUAAAUUAUAA